GUCAGGGAGUCACAAACGACCAAGAGACACAGACGGAGUGAGACAAAAAGGACAUAACGAGAGGAGAAAAGGAAGGAGCUGAAAGGCCGUUCCUUGAAUAUUUCUUGCAGCACUGGACCUUGUGGAUUACUCAGAGUUACUUAAACACACUGCAGGUAUUUGCAAGUGCAUCCUCUAUAGCUGGAGACAUAGCACUGUAUUGCUUUCAUCCCUGUUGGCACGUGGGUUGCAGUUUAUAGAUGCAGUUAACAGGACCGGCUUAUUAUUCAUGUGAGACAAAGUGAGAGGAUGGGAGCCCUUCGCCUCUCUUUUGCUCUGUUCUUCCUCUCAUUCUCUCCCGCACAAGCCCAAUGGUGGAGUUUCAUCUGGGCAAAACCUAAAACCACCACAAUCUCUAUGACUUCUCCCAUUCCUUCCUACAUCACUUCUCCAUCCAUCACCUCCCUGGGUUCUUCUGACAUCCCAGGGACAGCAGAAUGGAUGUUAAAGGAGGACAGGGUGACAGAGAAAGCCCCGGAGAUAAGCACUCUGACAGAGGGGUCUGUACUGCCCCCCACACCCACCCCUGGAGUGGAAAUCUUUGGUCAAAGCACUGCAGUACCUGGGACUUUACCUCCAAAGGAGAAUGCAGGUGCUGGCAGCAAAGCUAGGGCCCAAUGCAAACUCCUGAAACACUGGAAAAGUGAGCGAGGCUCAGGAGGUCAUCUGGACCUGACGGAGUUAAUUGGCGUGCCCCUCCCUCCCUCCGUCUCCUUUACUCCUGGCCAUGAGGGUUUUCCAGCCUACAACCUCGGGCCUGAUGCCAACAUCGGUCGGCUCACCAAGACGUUCGUGCCAGGCUCAUUCUACAGAGACUUUGCCAUCAUUGUCACGGUGCGUCCAGCCUCUCAGAGAGGAGGGGUCCUCUUCGCCAUCACAGAUGCCCGUCAGAAGGUGGUGGAGUUGGGUUUGGCCCUCACUCCGGUGCGGGGGGGCCUCCAGAGCAUCUUACUGUACUACACUGAUGAGGAACAAGCUUCACACAGCCACAAAGCUGCUUCCUUUAGUGUCCCUGAUAUGACCGAGCAGUGGACACGAUUCACGGUGGUGGUGGAGCAAGAUGAGGUGCGUCUCUACAUGGACUGUGGCGAGGCAGAGAGGACGACAUUCCAUCGCAGACCAAAACGACUCAACUUCUCGCACAAUUCAGGAGUUUUCGUAGCUAAUGCAGGAGGCACGGGGCUCGACAAGUUUGUGGGAUCCAUUCAGCAGCUGGUGAUAAAAGAUGAUCCUAGAGCAGCUGAGGAGCAGUGUGAAGAUGAUGAUCCUUAUGCCUCGGGAUUCACCAGUGGAGAUGAUGCAUUGGAUGACAGAGAGUCAGAGGAGGAAAUGAUGAAGAACACACACGAGAGAAAACAAGGCACAGAGAAGGAGGAGGGCAGUGUUCCAGUCAGAGCUCCACCCACUGAGGCCCCGGAGGUGGAGCUGGAGGAGUUCUCCGGUCAGCAGACUACAACAGAGGCCACUGAAGACAUGCUGCUAAAAGGGCCACACAUGACACAGGAGCCAGGGGAGGAACCCAGAGAUGGUCAUGUCAGACAUGGGAUAAAAGGAGAGCGUGGAAGUCCUGGACCCAGAGGCCCACCUGGACACCCAGGCCCCACCCCUCUACCUGGGCAAGCUCAACCCGGGCCGAGAGGGACACAAGGACCAGCCGGAGCCCCCGGGUCCCCAGGACAACAAGGGAGAGACGGACAGGCGGGACACAAGGGUGAUAAGGGAGAUGCAGGUCAAAGAGGAACUCAGGGAUUAUCAGGUUCUGACGGAGAAGCUGGAUCUAAAGGAGAGAAGGGAGACCAAGGAGUUGGUGCUCCGGGCCUCCCUGGGCCUCCUGGACCGCCCAGAUCACACAGUGUAUCGUAUGGAGCAGAUGCCCUGGGUUCUGGCUUUGAAGACCUGGACAGUGACACUGAGCUCAUCAGGGGUCAUCCUGGUCUACCCGGGCCUCCAGGGCCCCCGGGUCCCCCUGGACCCUUACCAUCAUCCUCAGCUGAGGGCUUCUCUUCAGGAUAUGCUGGUCUACCCGGCAAAGACGGACCGCAAGGGAAACCUGGAUUACCAAUGUAUGAGGAUUGGUUUAGUGGCUCUGGGUCUGAUGCUUCAGGACUGAGCUCAGAGUUUUCCUCUGACCUCGGCUCUGGGUUCAGCUCCGGGUUCAGCUCUGAUCCGGGCUUUGCGUCCGGUUCUGGGCUUGACUUUGGGUCUGCUUGGGGUUCAGGCGAGGGUUUAGCAGGAAGAAAUGGCAGUCCAGGCCUAUCAGGAGCUUUGGGAGAGAAGGGUGAACAAGGGUUAGCUGGUCAACCUGGACCAAAGGGUGAAUGCGGGUCUCUGGGGACAAAUGGAUCCUCAGGGGCUCCAGGGCCUAGUGGACCACCGGGGAAGAGGGGCCCAUCCGGUCCCCCAGGACCCCCUGGCCCUCCCUGGCCAACCAAAUUCUUUGUAGAGGAUAUGGAAGGAUCUGGGAAGAGUGACAUGCUCAUUGGAACCGGAGUCAGAGGCACACAGGGUCCACCUGGUAUACAUGGUCCAACAGGACCUAAGGGUGAGGAUGGAGCCACAGGAGCACCAGGGCUCUCCGUCAAGGGUGAACCCGGGGGCAAAGGACCAGAGGGCCGCCAGGGUCCUGCUGGACUACCAGGAGCCAGAGGGGCUAAAGGAGAAAAAGGAAAUCUAGGAUCCAAGGGUGAUCGAGGCGUUGAUGGACUCAGUAUCCCAGGAGCCCCUGGGCCUCCUGGACCUCCUGGACCAACCAUUAAUCUGCCGGAUCUGCUGCUCAACAUGACAGAUGGGAUCUUCAACUUCACAGAUAUCAGAGGACCACCAGGGGCCGUGGGCCCUGAAGGCUUGCCUGGCAGAGCAGGAUUUCCUGGCCCCAGGGGACCAAAGGGAGACGUAGGCCCUGCAGGUGUCCAGGGGCCAUUAGGGCUCAAGGGGGAGAAAGGGGAGCCAGGGGUGACCAUUGCUGCUGAUGGAUCCCUCAUAUCAGCACCAAGAGGUCCCCAGGGGCCGAAAGGCCUCAAGGGUGACCGUGGUUUCUCUGGACCUGCUGGACUAAUGGGCCCGAUAGGACCAAAUGGACAAAAAGGAGAAUAUGGCUUUCCUGGUCGCCCAGGACGAUCUGGUAUGCCUGGGAGGAAAGGUGACAAAGGAGAUGCUGUGGGUCUAUCGGGACCUCCGGGUCCUCCGGGCCAGCCUGGACUUCCAGGAAGAGUAGUUGGGCUGAAAGGAACAGUGUUUCCGGUGCGCCCCAGACCGCACUGCAAAAUGGGACGACAGUCAGGUACAGCGAGAGACUCAGUCGGAGCUAAAGGAAACAAAGGAGAUAUAGGAAUACCUGGAGAGCCAGGGACACCUGCACCUGAGUUUCCAGAUGGAGUUGUGGGUGCUAGAGGUGAUAAGGGAUACCAAGGUCAGAAGGGAGACAAGGGUGAGGGUCUGCCUGGUCCUCCUGGACUGCCUGGCAGGUCAGGACUUGUGGGUCCCAAAGGUGAGUCUAUCGUGGGACCUCAUGGACCUGUUGGUCCUGUGGGCGAGCCUGGAGCUCCUGGGUUUGGACGACCUGGCCCCCGAGGGCCCCCUGGCCCUGCUGGACCCCCAGGACCUGCAUCUGGAUAUGGUUCAGGUGCCAGUGUCCCUGGCCCCCCCGGUCCCCAAGGCCCGACAGGAUCUCCAGGAAAUGCCAACGCGAUGACUGUUUAUAAGACAAGCAACGCUCUAGGCAGAGAGACUCAUCGCGUUGCAGAGGGAACAUUGGCCUAUGUGUCUGAGAAAGGAGGAGAGCUGUUCAUCAGAGCACGCAACGGCUGGCGCAAGAUCCAGCUCGGAGAGUUGAUCCAAUCUGGACCCUCCUCAUCAGUGACGUCUCAGUCCCUCAGCAGAACUGCAGAGAGGAGCCGCCCACACAGAAUCCACAGCCAGGAGCUUCAAGAGAGCAGUAGAGGAUAUCAGCCCAGCUAUAAUGUAUUACCUCAGACCUUCAACGCUGUACCGGGGCUCCAUCUGGUGGCCCUGAACGCCCCGCUGAAGGGGGACAUGCGUGGCAUCCGGGGGGCCGACUUCCAGUGCUACCAGCAGGCCCGCUCCAUGGGGCUGACCACCACCUACCGGGCCUUCCUGUCCUCACACCUGCAGGACCUGGCGACCAUCGUGAGGAAGGCCGACCGCACUGACAUGCCCGUGGUUAACCUCAGGGGUGAGGUGUUGUUCAGUAGUUGGAUGUCCAUCUUCUCUGGGAAUGGAGGCACUUUUACCCCGUCCACACCCAUCUACUCCUUCGAUGGACGCAAUGUGAUGACUGACUCAGCAUGGCCAGAGAAGCAGGUUUGGCACGGCUCCAACACGGUGGGCAUCCGCCUCACCUCCAACUACUGCGAGGCGUGGAGGACGGGAGACAUGGCGGUGACGGGCCAGGCUGCUCUGCUGCAGACGGGACGCCUGCUGGGGCAGCACACGCGCUCCUGCUCCAACCACUACAUCGUGCUGUGCAUAGAGAACACAUACGUGGGGAACACGCAUCAAAAGAGGACCUGAAGAACACACACUCUCACACAAACACACAUGCAGGCGUGCUGAAAGUGAAGAGUAGAACAUGUGACUAAGUUCACAUGCAUUUGAAUUUAAAUGGAAAACACAUGCAGGCACAUACAUGAUGACAUAUCACUGCAUAUAAAUGACAGACAGAAGGCACUUUUUGUGAAUGCGUUCAGAAAAUAUACACCCACGUUGACACGCAGUAGGCGCCUAAUGAAAAUACACAUGAGUUUCUUUCACUAUGUUUAGGUUUGUCUUUAGUGCCAAUGUUUAACCCAACAUGCGUCCGUCCCAAGUUAGAUUUUAAUUAACUAAACUUUUUUUAAUGACAGCAUCACACAGGACAUUGAUAUUAACAGUAUGUGUUGUGAGGAAUGACUCGGGAUAUCAGGCACUGACACAGACUGAUCUGAGCACAGCUGAAUAACUGAACCAUUACUGUGCAGGUUCUGUUUUAAGGAAUACUUCACCCACAAACUGUCCGCUUGCAUAUCAGUUACUCACCCUGUUAAUUAAAAUUCUUGAAGAAAAUAAAUCUUACAUGCCUACAUGGUGAACAAAGAAUAAGAAAACAAAAAAAAGUCUUGAUAAAUGGAAUUAAAUGUGGGCGGCAUUUAACAAAAAAUAUUCAAGGUAACAGGGUGAGUUACAGAUGAAGAAAUGGCCAUGUUGUGGCUGAGGUACUCCUUUAACUAAAACAUUAUAAUAGUUGCUUAUCAUUUUCAGAAUUGUAGAUCUUUUUUUGUAUUUUCCCUACAGUUCAAUACAGUCAACAAACCCCAUGAAUGAAAAAUAUCAACAACAGCUGGUCCCUUUAGUUUUUUAGCAAACUUCAUGCGAACAAAAUAGUGCAUUUGUUUGGGACUAUUUUCAGUGGUGGAUUUACACACAUUUGGCUAUCUACUGUCUGUUUUUGGCAGCAGGACAGCGUAAAUGGGAUUGAGUUGAAAUAAACUACAGUGUGUGUGUUCAUGGUAAUAUAGGAACCCAGUGCAAGUUCAUAAUCAAUUGUUAGUGUUGGUCUUUAAAUAGGAUGUAGUAACACAGAGAAAAAUAUAGAUUUUCACCAGAUUUACAGUAUAAAUAUGAUGAGCACAAUGUGAACCGUUUGAGAAACAUACUGCACACAUGUAAUGACAUAUUUCUUUGUGUGUGAACCUCUAAUGUCAGUGACCAUGUCUUCCUGUCGUAUUUUAAAUGUUAAUUCACUGUAUGAAAAUGACUUCCUGCUAGCAAAGUCAACCAAUCACAGCAUCACUUCUUAUUCAUCCAUUUUAUUUUCAGGCCAAAAAACACUGGCUGGAUUUGACCAAAAACAUUUUACCACUAGGAUCAUCUCUAUUUAUUAAAACAACAUUCAAGAGAUUAUAAAACAGCCUACGGAAGAGGAUUAGAAAAUGUAGGGAUUUUUUGUUCUGAGAAAAAAGUCAGAAUUCUGAGAAAAAGAGUCAGAAUUCUGACUUUUUUCUCAGUAAAAGAAAAAUGUUUUUAUUUUUUUCACAUCCCCACAUUUGUUUUCUUCCAUCUGGCCCUUAUCCUCUUCCGUAAAAGCCUAAUAGGAAGUUGAGAACAAAUAUUCUGAAGAAAAAACAAAAUUGUUUUAAAAAAACGUUUCAUCAGGAUGUUUAAUUAAGUGAGGGUUUUUUGUUUUGUCCGCAUUGUGGUUGACAGCGUAGUUGUAAUACUUAAUUAAGCCCACUAAAGGCAGAAGCGCAUCACUACCUAAUGUUCUAAACAAGUCUAAAAGCGUCAGACUAGCAUACAUUAAAAUACAUUUCUAGCCGAAUGAAAGACAUGAAGGUAAUGUUACAUCACUUGCUGACACUAUUUAAACAGUUAUAUUCUGAGGCCAAAUGUAUUCUAAAAAUGUGAGUCCCAUAACAGUUUAUUUAGGAUUUCGAAAGAUCAUCCUUUUUUUACCCAUUUUUAAAUCCUCUCAUGGCUUCCGUAGAAUAAGUCAUGCAUUGAAAUUUGUUAUCCAGGCAUGUUAAAACAGAAGCCUGCUAAGACUAAAAUAUAGGCGAGUACACAAAUAAUAUCAGAGACCUAAUCAACCCCCCCCCAGGAAAAACUUGUUGACUUACUUUGAAUUGAUUAGUUAAUGCAUUACCAUUUAGCAUCUCGUAAUGCAAGUAUUAAAGCUUGAUUGUCUUUUACAAAUUCAAGUCCAAAGCAGCUAUUUUUUUUCUGUUUUCUUUCGUCCUGCUGCUUGCAAUAAUUCAUUCAAAACUAGUGUCAACACUAUCAGAGCUUUAGCGUUAGUAUUAGAGUCAAAAUCAUCAAUGUGUGAUUUUUGUAUUCAUACAAACAGUAGCAGGACACAGUAGGAAAAUCUUGCGAGUUCACUUUUAGAUUUUUAUGAAGUUGGAACAUGUGUAUAUUAUAUAUAUAUGUGUGUGUGUUUGUUAUUGUUGUCUUAAUGUCUUUGUUUUUUACUCUGGAGGUAGGUUUUGUAUGACGCACACUAAAUGAAAUAUUUCUCCCACCAAGCUUUAGAUGUAGUUCAAGAGUUUUGCCUGUAAAGUGUUUGAUAUGAAAUGAAAAGUCGUUUUACUGAUGUCUGAUUUAUGAUUACAGUGCAAACAAAACUUGAGUUUCUGAGGAAAGCGAACAUUUGUACUGCCUGGUGCUCACUGAAUAAAUGUUUCUUUUUUAUGUUGUGACUCCUUCA